UUUCUCCUGCUAACUUCUUUUUAUCAUCUUCUCUUUGUCGGUUUGAUUUGGAAACCUUUCUGCAACUUACCCAAAAAAAAAGAGAGAGAUUCCUAAAGUUUCAUCUUCUCAAGAUCCUUUCAAGAAAAGAGUAGUUUACUUUUUUUUUUUUUUAAUUAAAAGAAUGGUUGAAACUGGACACCAUCAACAUCCACCGGCACCGGCUGCAGCCGGUCAUCCUCCGGUUCCAUCUAUGGCGGUUAACAGAGGACCAACUUGGGCUCCGGCUGAGCAACUUCAUCAUCUUCAAUAUUGCAUCCACUCUAACCCUUCUUGGCAUGAGACAGUUUUACUAGCUUUCCAGCAAUACAUUGUUAUGCUUGGGACUACUGUCUUGCUUGCCAACACACUUGUGCCACCAAUGGGUGGAGAUCCUGGUGAUAAAGCGCGGGUUAUUCAAACUAUAUUGUUUAUGUCGGGGAUAAACACGUUGCUACAAACGCUUAUAGGGACUAGGCUUCCAACGGUUAUGGGAGUUUCGUUCGCGUAUGUUCUUCCUGUAUUGUCUAUCGUCAGAGAUUACAAUAAUGGUCAAUUCGAUUCUGAGAAAAUGAGAUUUCGACAUACCAUGAGAACUGUACAAGGGUCCUUAAUCAUUUCUUCGUUCGUAAACAUCAUAAUGGGAUAUGGUCAGGCAUGGGGGAACUUGAUAAGAAUCUUUAGUCCCAUCAUUGUUGUGCCAGUGGUUUCUGUUGUAAGCCUUGGCCUUUUUCUUAGAGGCUUCCCAUUGCUUGCAAAUUGUGUGGAACUCGGUCUACCGAUGCUAAUUCUGUUGAUCAUCACACAACAAUAUAUUAAACAUUUCGUUCGGAUCUCGAGGGUUUCUACGAUACUUGAAAGAUAUGCUUUACUUGUUUGCUUGGCUCUCAUAUGGGCUUUUGCUGCUAUCCUUACUGUUUCUGGAGCUUAUAACAAUGUUCCGGUUGCAACAAAACAAAGUUGCCGCACAGAUCGUGCAUUUCUUAUUUCCUCAGCUCCCUGGAUCAGAGUCCCAUAUCCGUUCCAGUGGGGGACUCCUAUAUUCAAAGCGAGUCAUGUUUUUGGAAUGUUUGGUUCUGCGAUUGUCGCAUCUGCAGAGUCUACCGGAGUAUUUUUCGCAGCAUCUAGACUAGCAGGAGCAACAGCGCCUCCAGCACAUGUGGUCUCUCGUAGUGUCGGGCUUCAGGGUAUUGGUGUUCUCCUUCAAGGAAUAUUUGGUUCGGUUACGGGUAAUACCGCGUCUGUGGAAAAUGUCGGUCUCCUUGGCCUCACCCGGAUAGGGAGUAGAAGAGUGGUGCAGGUUUCGACGGGUUUCAUGAUAUUUUUCUCUAUAUUUGGAAAAUUUGGCGCCUUCUUUGCGUCUAUACCACUUCCAAUCUUUGGAGGCAUAUACUGUAUACUACUUGGAAUUGUUGUUGCUGUUGGAAUAUCGUUUAUACAGUUCACCGACACGAAUUCUAUGAGAAACAUGUAUGUUGUCGGUGUCUCUCUCUUCUUAAGUCUUUCGAUCGCUCAGUACUUUUAUUCAAACACGACAAGAGCAGGGUAUGGACCGGUUCGAACAGCCGGUGGAUGGUUCAACGAUAUACUUAACACAAUCUUUGCUUCGGCUCCAUUCGUGGCGAUCAUUGUGGCGACUGUACUCGAUAACACGUUGGAAGCAAAACAUGCUUUUAAUGAAAGAGGAAUGUCGUGGUGGAAGCCUUUCCAGCAUAGAGAUGGAGACACGAGGAACGAGGAGUUCUACAGUAUGCCCCUUAGAAUCAAUGAGUACAUGCCGACGCGGUUCCUCUAAAGACUGCUCCGUGAAGGUUUCUUCUGUAUGUGGAAAUGUAAGAUAUGUGCAGAUUAUGUUAGCUUCACAGGGGAUAAAAUUUAAUCUAAGGGAUACAAAUGAAACAUAAGACUUUUGAUUGAGAAAUCUAUUUUGUUAACUCUCUCGCUUUGUUACUUAUUUAUACUGCCUUUUAUUGUC